UUCCAAUCACGAAGCCCUUCCAAUCGAACACAGAAAAAUCGCUACAUUCGUGUUGACGUGGAGUGUGACUUUAGUUGGGAGUUAUCGUUCCUGCCAAACUAAACUAAAACUAACUAAGUGAGCCGUCAUGUUGGAUUUUGCUAUUUUUGCCGUGACGUUUAUUGUCUUUUUGGUCGGCGCCGUGCUUUAUUUGUAUCCGUCAUCCAGAAGAGCAUCUGGCAUCCCAGGUUUGAACCCCACAGACGAGAAGGAUGGGAACCUGCAGGACAUCGUGAACCGUGGAAGCCUGCAUGAAUUCUUGGUUGCUCUACACGAGGAGUUUGGCUCCGUUGCUUCAUUCUGGUUUGGAAGACGUCCGGUGGUCAGCCUGGGCUCCGUCAACCUGCUACGUCAACACAUCAACCCCAACCACACGACCGACUCAUUUGAAACCAUGCUCAAGUCGCUGCUCAAUUACCAGUCAGGAAUCGGAGGCGGCGUCGGCGAGGCUGUCGUUCGUAAAAAGUUGUACGACAACGCCAUCAACAACACUUUGAAGAACAACUUCUCCCUGGUGAUGAAGCUGGUGGAGGAGUUUGUUGGGAAGUGGGCGUCGGUGGCAGAGGCUCAGCACACGCCGCUGUGCGCCCACCUGCUGGGUCUCUCCAUGAAGACCGUCACCCAGCUGACCUUGGGUGAGCGCUUUCGAAAUGACGCUGAUGUCAUACGCUUCCGCAAGAACCAUGACGCGAUCUGGUCCGAAAUUGGGAAAGGUUAUUUGGAUGGUUCCCUGGAGAAGAACUCCAGCAGGAAGGAACGUUAUAUGACAGCUCUGUCAGAGAUGGAGUCAGUUCUGCUGUCUGUAGCCAAGGAGAGAAAAACCAAUCAGAGCCAGCUGGUUUUUGUGGACACCCUGCUUCGAUCCGGACUCACAGAGCGACAGAUCAUGGAGGACUGCAUGGUGUUCACUUUGGCCGGAUGCGUCAUCACCGCCAACUUGUGUAUCUGGGCCGUGCACUUCCUGUCCACGUCAGAAGAAGUCCAAGACACGUUGUACCAAGAACUGGAACAUAUUUUGGGUUCAGGUCCAAUUUCUUUGGAUAAAAUCCCUCAACUUAAAUACUGCCAGCAGGUGCUGAAUGAGACGGUUAGAACCGCUAAGUUGACCCCCAUUGCCGCCCGACUUCAGGAAGUGGAUGGAAAAGUGGAUCAGUAUGUCAUUCCCAAAGAGACCCUCGUCAUCUACGCUUUGGGAGUCGUGCUGCAAGAUUCCAAAAGUUGGAGCGCCGCAAGCAGAUUUGACCCAAAUCGGUUUGAGGACGAGUCAUCCAGGAAGAGUUUCUGUCUGCUUGGUUUUUCCGGGAAUCAGACGUGUCCGGAGCUCAGGUUUGCUUACACCGUCGCUACCGUCCUGCUCGCCACGUUAGUGCGACGGCUUAAGCUUCACCGGUUGGAAGGUCAAGUCCCAGAGGUCAAAUCGGAGCUGGUGUCGACGCCAAAGGAUGAAACCUGGAUCACCGUCAGCAAAAGAACUGCAAAUUAGUCUCGUUUGUUUUCGCCAUUUUGGAAGGGGUGUGGUCAAAAUGACAUUUCAGGUGCCUGGUCUAUAUUUCAGAAUCCAGCUAAUGCAUCAUAUAAUUGUUGCAUAUUGUGUUUAAAAAAAUGUAUCUGAAUUUUUUUUUUUUUUUACAUCUUAUUGAAAUAACAUAUGCAUACAUUUUUCAAGAAAUGUGGCAGCAUCCAACCAUUUCAACCCUGCACCUUCCAUGCACAUGUCACAUUUGUGCAAAAAAUAUUAUGAAUAAAAUCAAAAAAAUAAGCAAUUUAAUUGGGAAAUAAUUAAAAAUAAAAAUGUACCUGAUUGCUUUGUAAUUAAUUAAAAAUCACAUUUAACCACUACAGUUGAAUUUUUUUAAUUUUUAA